AUGGCUACAGAUCAAGAAGUACCAACUUUUAAACUUGUCCUUGUCGGUGACGGUGGUACCGGCAAGACAACUUUUGUCAAACGCCAUUUGACUGGUGAAUUUGAAAAGAAAUAUGUGGCCACUCUUGGGGUUGAGGUCCAUCCUUUAACUUUCCAUACAAACUUUGGCCCUAUUUGUUUCAACACAUGGGACACUGCGGGACAGGAAAAGUUUGGUGGUCUCAGAGACGGUUAUUACAUUCAAGGGCAAUGCGCCAUCAUCAUGUUCGAUGUAACAUCAAGAAUCACAUACAAGAACGUUCCAAAUUGGCACCGGGAUCUAGUUCGUGUAUGUGAGAAUAUUCCAAUUGUCCUUUGUGGUAACAAAGUUGAUAUAAAGGAGCGUAAAGUCAAAGCCAAAACUAUUACCUUUCAUCGUAAGAAAAAUCUCCAAUAUUAUGAUAUUUCCGCAAAGAGCAAUUACAAUUUCGAAAAACCGUUUUUGUGGUUAGCUCGUAAACUCAUUGGUAACCCAAAUCUUGAGUUUGUCGCUUCCCCGGCCUUAGCACCACCUGAGGUUGACUUUACUCCGAAAGAUGCAGAAACUUAUGAACGAGAACUGGCAGAAGCAGCAGCUGCACCACUUCCCGAGGAAGAUGAGGACCUUUAG